AUGUUGUCCCUUGAGUGCGCGCUGGCAGCGGGCGCGGGGCCCCAGAGCAGCCUGAAGCAAGCCAAUCUCACCCGCUUCCCCUUUUUCUCCGACGUCAAGGGGGACCACCGGCUGGUGCUGAGCGUCGUGGAGACAGUGGUGCUGGCGCUCAUCUUUGCCGUCUCGCUGCUGGGCAACGUGUGCGCCCUGGUGCUGGUGGCGCGCCAACGGCGCCGCAGCAGCACCACCACCAGCCUGGUCCUCAAUCUCUUCUGCGCCGACCUGCUCUUCACCAGCGCCAUCCCGCCGGUGCUGGCCGUGCGCUGGACCGAAGCCUGGCUGCUGGGCCCGGCCGCCUGCCACCUGCUCUUCUACGUGAUGAGCCUAAGCGGCAGCGUCACCAUCCUCACGCUGGCCGCCGUCAGCCUGGAGCGCAUGGUGUGCAUCGUGCGGCUGCGGCGCGGCGCGCGGGGCCAGGGCUGCCGGGCGCAGGCCGCGCUGCUUGCGCUCAUCUGGGGCUACUCGGCGCUCGCCGCGCUCCCGCUCUGCGCCUUCUUCCGAGUCCUCCCCCAGCAGCUCCCCGGCGCCGAAGAGGAAAUCCCAAUUUGCACUCUGGUUUGGCCCAGCCUUGCAGGAGAAAUCUCGUGGGAUGUAUCUUUUGCCACUUUGAACUUCUUGGUGCCUGGACUGGUCAUUGUAAUCAGUUACUCCAAAAUUUUACAGAUCACGAAGGCAUCAAGGAGGAGGCUUACCGUGAGCCUGGCGUACUCAGAGAGCCACCAGAUCCGAGUGUCCCAGCAGGACUUCCGGCUCUUCCGCACGCUCUUCCUGCUCAUGGUCUCCUUCUUCAUCAUGUGGAGCCCCAUCAUCAUCACCAUCCUCCUCAUCUUGAUCCAGAACUUCAAGCAAGACCUGGUCAUCUGGCCAUCUAUCUUCUUCUGGGUGGUGGCCUUCACAUUUGCCAAUUCAGCCCUGAACCCCAUUCUCUACAAUAUGUCGCUGUUUAGAAAUGAAUGGAGGAAGAUUAUUUGCUGCUGCUUCUUCUUUCCUGAAAAGGGAGCCAUUCUUACAGAUACGUCUGUAAAAAGAAAUGAUUUGUCCAUUAUUUCCAGCUAA